AAGAUCAUUUUGUCCAAUCAGAGGGGCCGUUACAGGAGUUCCUCGCGCAGUGCGAACAGGAAAGCGUCAGAUUCCUAUGUUUUGUUAUAAGUUUUAGCAAGUGAUACAUAUACUGAUUGGAAAGUGGUUUGACCCUCAGAAUGGGUGAGCCACAGCAGGUCAGUGCCCUCCCGCUGCCACCGAUGCAGUACAUCAAAGAAUACACAGAUGACAAUGUACGGAAAGGACUGGCCCCUAAACCACCUCCUCCUAUUCGGGAUAAUUACAUGAUGUUUGGCAAUCCAUUCCAGUGUGAUGACCUCAUCAUCCGGCCCCUGGAGAGCCAGGGCAUUGAGAGGCUGCACCCAAUGCAGUUUGACCACAAGCGAGAGCUGAAGAAGCUCAAUAUGUCUAUCCUAAUUAACUUCCUGGACCUGCUGGACAUCCUGAUCAAAAGCCCAGGCAGCAUUAAACGUGAAGAAAAAUUGGAGGACUUGAAACUUCUGUUUGUCCACAUGCACCACCUGAUUAAUGAGUAUCGGCCUCAUCAGGCCCGUGAGACACUGCGAGUGAUGAUGGAGGUACAGAAGAGGCAGAGGUUGGAGACAGCGGAGCGCUUCCAGAAACAUCUUGAACGUGUUGUCGAGAUGAUCCAUGGCUGCCUUGCCUCACUGCCUGAUGAUUUGCCCCAGCCUGACACCUCUAGCAUGGCUGGAGCAGUGGUUUCAGGUUCAGGGGCGGAUGUUAGACUGAAAGCUGAGCCCAUGGAUGUGGAGGCUAGCUGCAUGGCAGAACAGACAGGCAAACAUGUACCCGCUACUACAAAGGAAAAAGUAUGGGAUAAAGAUGCUACAAUGUGCAGUAUCAUUGAUGAAAUGACGUAAAAUUAGUAAAUUUAUUUAUUUUAUUUUAUUUUUUCAUUUUGUUUUGUUCUGGGGUAAAUAUCAGAUUGAUAAAAAAAUGUAUUACAGCACAGUAGGAAAGCCGUUCAAGCUUUGGAGGGGAACUGUUUUUCUUAUUAAAUGUUCUUCCAAAUUCUGUACACAAUUAAAAUAAGGUAUUUUUUCAUCUUGUUUACAUCUUCUUAAACCAUCUUCUUGUUUGCAGAAAUUGUCAAUUACUCGUUUCUAAUAAAAACUUAUUUCUAAUUA